CGGGGUGACGGCUGCGGGCCGGGCGGGGAAGCGUGGCCAGUUGGGAGAGGCAGAUUACCGGUGCUGCUGGGGACGCUUUCGUCGUCGGGGAAUGGGUGUGAGCUUGGCAGUUCCGGUCCCAGGUGGCUGGAGAAUCGAAGAGAGGAGCCUGUAGCGCCACACAAAGGCUGCUGCCAUGAGGUUGAAUCAGAACACCUUGUUGCUGGGGAAGAAGGUGGUCCUGGUACCCUACACUUCAGAACACGUGCCUAGGUACCAUGAGUGGAUGAAAUCAGAGGAACUGCAGCGUUUGACAGCCUCAGAGCCACUGACCCUGGAGCAGGAGUAUGCUAUGCAGUGCAGCUGGCGGGAAGAUGCAGACAAGUGUACCUUCAUUGUGCUGGAUGCAGAGAAGUGGCAGGCCCAGCCAGUCCCCACCGAAGAGAGCUGCAUGGCAGGAGAUGUGAACCUGUUUCUCACUGAUGUAGAAGACCCCACCCUGGGGGAGAUUGAAGUCAUGAUUGCAGAGCCCAGCUGCAGGGGUCAGGGUUUUGGCACUGAGGCUGCUCUUCUGAUGAUGUCUUACGGAGUGACUAAGCUGGGUCUGACCAAGUUUGAGGCUAAAAUCGGUCAAGGAAAUGAACCCAGCAUCCGGAUGUUCCAGAAACUUCAUUUCAAACAAGUGGCUGUGAGCAGCAUCUUUCAGGAGGUGACGUUCAGACUGACAAUGAGUGAGACCGAGCGGCAGUGGCUUCUGGAGCAAACCAGCCACGUGGAAGAGAAGCCCUAUAGAGGAGGGUCCACAGAGCCCCACUGACAGCCAGGCCUUUUGGGCAGCCACUGGGGCCGCCCACUCCAGAGGCCAGAGCUCUGCAAGGGAGACAAAUGYACAGUGCCUUCCCUCCUGCUCCAAGCUGGAAAUCACCUGUUGGGGCCCUUCAGACUCAGACCAGGCGUGCUGUGACCUCCUGGAUUGGCAGUGGCCAAAGACUCAUCUCCCCUCCUGGCCCUACUGACAAUGACUCAGAUUUCCCUGGAGUGGGUGGCAGGAAUCCACUGGAAAGGUCAGGGUGGAGGUGGGAGCUGGAGGGGCCUGGAGAACCAACAGUCUUGGCCAGGCCCAACCCUUCAAGGCCCUGGCUGGGAGUAAAGCACUCGGUCUGGUUAGCUUCCCUUGUUUUCUCAUUUGGCUUGCAGAAAAGAUCUCCCAGGAGCCCAGUCUCAGUCCCUGUUGUAUGUGGGAGGGAUGGCUCUGUCCUUGGCUGUCAAAAGCAGCAGGCCAGUGUGACCAUGAGGUUUGACCUGGAAGGGCCCCUUAACCUACUGUCCUUGUUUUUGGUUUUAGUGGCCCAGCCCCUCAACCUGUGUCCUUACCU